AUGAAAAAUAAGUCUAGUAGUAACAUUCAUAGAACUUGGAUUAAUAACAAAAAUAGCAAGACUAAUAGAGUGAGGUCUAACAGGAGCAACAAAAAUAAGAUAGCAAAGUGGAAGGUGAAUCAAAAUGACAGGAUUUUAAAAUCUUCCAAAAUGAUAAAAAUAUGGGAAUAACCAGAAAUAACUAUAAGAUUGAAUGAAAGAAUUGGAAAAAAGUGGAUUCCAAAGAGGAUGUGA